CACUGACGUUUGCUGACGUUUGUAGAGGUUAAGUCACAGAGCAAAGUAAUAGAACUGUAAAAAUCACAAAUUAUUUUCAGUUGUAAAGUAAAAAUGAAUUUUUCAAAACCUUGGAAUGAUCCAAGUAUUUUGCCUCCACCUGUCAAUACAUUUAAAGUUGAUGUUCAAAUCAAUGCGCGAGAUAUUUUACAUUUGUGUAAUAAUAUCAAUAAGGUUUUAGCCAAUCAGUCUCCCUUACACCAAGAAAGCGCUUUGCUUUCAAGAGUGAAAAGGGGUGAAAGCCACUGGAUGUCCCUGAUGCCCUAUGCUCUAUUAAGUCGGAUUUGGUCCAUUAGUUCAGUUUUGUUGCAACACAGCUGCACCUGGUACUCAGGACUAUAUCCGUAUCUAAAUAAGUUGAUAUUCAAAGGUGUCCAGUUUUUACCACCAAAUUACGCACUUCCAAUGGACUUGAGAAAAUGGAUUGAUUUAAAAAACUUGGAUGACUGUGGCAGGUUUGAAUGGACACACAAAAAAGGCAAUGUACUCAAUAUGAAUUUGUCUGAAGAUGACUCAACUAUUGACACUAUUUUAGAAUAUGUUAAUGAUAUAAAUGAUGUGGAAAGCGUACAAGAAAAUGCAAAAAUGUCAGUUGUAUCUAAUUUUAUAUCUCCAAAAGAAAAUAGUAUAACUACAACUGAUAUGAUAAAAAAAGAAGUGGAUCAAGGUGAAAUCAUAUCCAGAGAGCAUUUCAAGUCAUUGAUCAGUAAGCAAACUAUGCAAAUUAAUGAAAAGGAGUCUAAUCAAGGAGAAAAAAUAUCAAGAGAAUAUUUUAAAUCAUUCUUCGUCAAUAAGCCAACAGAUAAAAUGAAUGAAAAGGAAUCAAAACAUAGUGCAGACAAUGUCACAAGCAAUCAAUCCCUGGAUAAAUUUAUUAAUACAGAGGAAAAGUACAGGAAUGAAGAUAGUGACUUGGCAUUAACAAAACAUCUUAGUUUUAUGCAAUGGCAAUCUUUAAGAACCAGUUUAUUGAAUUUAAAAGAAUCACUUAGCAAAAAUAGAAAAAUUGAAAGAAAAUUCCAAAAACUAUGGAAAGAGAAAUGUUUAGAUUAUAAAUGA